AUGACGGUACUGGUAUAUGAUGACUAUGCUGUUCAGAUGUUUAUUGGCGGACACUCGGCCAUGAUGCACGACAGUGACAGUCAGUAUGCCUUCGAGCCUCGACACUGUGCAGACCUGCUUCGCAACGGCCAACACAGAAGCGGAGUUUACACCGUGUUUCACAAGGCUGCUGGCUCUUCGGGACAGAAUGUAUACUGCGACAUGGACACUGAUGGAGGAGGAUGGACAGUCAUCCAACGACGUGGGCAGUACGGACACAAUGCUUACUACUUCUACCGGAACUGGACUGAGUACGCCAAUGGAUUCGGAGAUCCUGAUGAUGAGUACUGGAUUGGUAACAAAGCUCUGCACGCCCUUACGUCAGGGAAAGAGAACAUGAGUCUGCGAAUUGUACUAAGUAACAGCACUGAAGAGACUGUGUCCUUUGGCUACGAGACUUUCGCAGUAGCAAAUGAAACGCAGUCCUUUCAACUUCAGUUGGAAAGUUUCUCAGGUAGCAAAGUUGCUUCAGAAGAGCCGUCGCCCUUGCCCGACGACGUCCCUCGUUGUGUACAGGCUCCAUAG